AUAGGCAAGCGAUAGCUGUUGCCAGUGUUAGCAACUCCCAACAGAUAAAAUGUCCGCCUAUGUGUUGUUUCGUCUGGUGUCCACGAUAUUUUUUGACAUCGGUUUUGUGGCACUUCUCAGGACGGAUCUCAGAUCAUUGUACAAAGGCCAGAUUUGGAAGUUCUUCAUCUAUUUCACCAAUUGGGGUCUGCUCCUCCUCAUCACCAGGAUCAAUUGCCAAUGUUUUGAAAUCCUCGGGGAUCCUGUGCGGCUGCCUCCUUGGUUCUUGCCCAAACUCAUAUCCUUGUCCAACGUCACCUCUCUAGUGAUCUCUGUGGCGUUUUGGCUCUUAGUUUAUGAAGGGCAGGCCAAAUACCAACAACGGUGGUUCUUCAACCAAUUUGAGCAUUCCUUCACCAGUGCAUUUUGCUUGGUGGACACUGUUGUGAAUCCACUGAGGAAAAGUGAUCUAGAUUGGACAUUGCCUGUUUUAAUAGGCAUAUCUUACCUUAUUUUUACGAUCAUCUUUGAGCUACUGGGGCUCUCGAAUGCUGAGGGUGACAAUUUCAUUUAUGCCAUUAUUCAAUGGAAGAAGAAUCCCAAGAAAACUGCUUUGACGUGGAUUGUGAUAUUUAUGGCCAUGAUACUCACUCAUGCAUUUUUCAUGUCCCUAAAUGCAGUUAUCAAAUAAGUAAUCGAGUUUCUCAAAAGCGUGAUUCUUGCCCAGUUUGCUAAUGAUACGAAUAAAGUUAUAUUUGGACUGGGAAAA